AGGCGCCUCGCCGUGAGUGCCUCCGACUCAGUUCGCUCCGCAGGAAGUGCUUGCGAGCGAGCGCGCUCCUUUUCUUUUCCCCGGAAGAAAUUCCCGGUGCUCCUCGUGCGCAGGCCGGAUCGGAUGUUUGCUGCCGUUGUGGCUGAGUGGAGCGGAGCGGAAAACGGGCCCGGCAGUUGCCCUACCUGAGAGAAGAACUUGAAAUACGAAGUUCUUCUAAAACAUAAGCCUCUGUGCAAGCCAUAUAUGCUAGCAGAAUGUCUGGAGUUGAAGAUGCUGCUGCUGUGUUAUCUGAAGUGAACAUUGGUGAUUCAUGCAAGCCGUUAGGUGAGCACAGAGAAGCCAAUCCUGAUGCAACCCCUAAAGAUAUUGUGGUCACUAUUGGAGCUACUGUGCCAACUGGCUUUGAGCUAACUGCAGCGGAUGAAGUACAAGAGAAGCUAGCAUCAAAGUCUACAAUUAGCAAGGACAGAGGGAAAAUCUAUUUUGAAAUUCCCAUAAUCAGCCUUCCAAAGGUUCACCAGUUAAGAUCCGUGGACAACUUAUUUGUUAUUGUUCAAGAAUUCAAAGAUUUUCAAUUCAAGGAAACUAAGGAAGAAGCUCUAAAGGAUUUAGAGGACUUGGUUAAGAUACUGCCAUGGGAGGACCCUUUGGAUGUGUGGAGGUUAAAUACAAGCCUUAAGAAAAGAAAAACAAGGCGGAAAAAGGGCAAUCAAACCAAUGCAAAGAAAGAGAAACAAGAGGAUGAUGGGAGCAGAGAGCGAGCUGUUGAUAAAAAACUGCACGAACCUGUGCAAAAUGUUUUCGAGGCUACUGAUGUCCAAGACCCAGAAAAUACAGAUGAAAUUGUGCAACCAGGUGAUGAUGAAUUGUCUGAUUCUAAAGAAGAGUUGACAUCCAAUGGCGAAAGCAAAAAUGGAUCAGGUGACUGCAAGAAGUGUGAAAUGAAAGCUGAGACGCUGAAGUUCCGGGUAACAUGCAACAGAGCUGGUGAUAACCACAGCUUCAAAUCAAAUGAGGCGGCAAGAGAUUUUGGAGGAGCUGUGCAAGAUUUCUUUCAGUGGAAAGCAGACAUGACAAAUUUUGAUGUGGAGGUUCUCCUCAACAUCCACAAUAAUGAAGUGGUAGUGGGGAUUGCCUUAACAGAAGAGAGUCUUCAUAGAAGAAAUAUUACCCAUUUCGGACCCACAACUCUUCGAUCUACUCUAGCUUAUGGUAUGCUCAGGCUUUGUGAACUUCAGCCAGCUGACAUAAUAAUUGAUCCAAUGUGUGGGACAGGUGCUAUACCAAUAGAGGGGGCUACUGAAUGGCCUAACUGCUACCAUAUGGCUGGGGAUAACAAUCCACAGGCUGUGAAGAGAACAGCAAAUAAUAUUGCCUCUUUACUGAAGGAAAUUCAAAGUAAAGAAAGCACACCUGCAGGCAAACCUAUAGAUAGUCUUCAGUGGGAUAUCUGUAGUCUACCUCUGAGGACUGGCUCUGUGGAUGUCAUUGUAACGGAUAUGCCAUUUGGAAAGAGGAUAGGGUCUAAGAAAAAGAACUGGGAUCUCUACCCAUCCUGCCUUAUGGAGAUGGGCCGGAUCUGCAGACCAAGGACUGGCAGAGCUGUGCUGCUGACUCAAGAUAGGAAAUGCUUUGCCAAGGCCUUGUCAAAAAUGGGACACCUGUGGCGAAAAUCUCACACCAUCUGGGUGAAUGUUGGUGGACUCCAUGCUGCUGUGUACCUUUUGAAACGCUCUGCAGAAAAAAAUUAGAGAAAAGAUCAUACUGGUAACACCUUGAUCAAUUUACUGACCACACAUGUACUCUUCUACAUUUUUGAGGCCUAUUAGUUUAUUGUUUCCCUGUGAUUCUGAGUCAACCCAUCCUUAUGAUAUUGAAUGGAGUAAAAAAUAAGGAGCAAGUGAGCAAGCUUUCUGGUCCAAGGAUCAGUUGUGUCAUACCUAACUAGAAGCUCUUGAAGGAGUUUUCAGGGCUUAAAUAGAAAAGUAUAGCCAAUUUAUUAAUGAAACUAGUAACUCUUCAAUGUGCCUGUGAACCUGAGUUACUGUUUCAGUUUGGGUGCAAAUAUAUUUUUCAUAUUCAUAGAGCAAGUUAUCUAUCCUGUUUCCUACUACAGGACAGCUAAUUUAAGAUGAAAAUAUUUUUUCCAUUGGAGAAGCACCUCCACGUUGUUUUGUUUAGUUGCCAAAAAUAGGCGACUAGUUUGUUGCUUCUGUUAAUUAUAUGAUAAGCUGUAUCCCAGAAUCCAUUUGUUCAACAACUUCAGAGCUCAAUAGUGCUGCCUGUUUUCUCACCUGCUACCUCAAUUUAUGCUUCGAUUCACUUGUUUACUUUGAUCUGCCAUGUAUAUUGCUGAGAAUGUGUACUAUCAGCCUCAGCAUAUUUCUGUAGUCAUGGUUUUGAUUUGGAAUAAGACUUGAAAAAUGCUGUAAUAGCCUUCCCCGUGUACUACUACUACUGUUGGUUUUGGACACAGGAUAGAUUUAGAUGAGAAUAUUUAGUGUGGUUGAAUUUAACCUGAUAAUAUAUCUAGUUGUGUCAUCUAACAAAUAAUAUACUCAAAUGUUCCCUAACAGUAACCUAUAAUAAUGCUUAUGCACCAUCCAGUGACUAAGGUUUAUUACAGCUGUGUUCAAGAAAUGUUGCCUGUGGGUUGUGUCCAUUGUUUUUAUGUGUACUGAAACUGAUUUGUCAAAUUUGGGAGCCUUUUCCUGUGAGCUUGAAAAGAAUAGCUAAAAUACUACUCUAAAAUAUAUGUUGAAUGCACUGUUCUUCAGUCUAGAAAGCAUUUGGGGGGAUGAAACAUAUUAUACAUGCUUGAAAUUUUUAAUUCAGAUUUUGAGCUAAAGGUUUAGGAGGGGGAGAGGAAUGAAUGCUUGUGAGCUAAGAGAUGAGCUACAUGCAGCUGUAAAAGGCUAUGAAUGAAGUUCUUUCAUGAGAAAUAAAGCACCAGCACUGUUCCAAUUACUGUAAAAAGGUAGCUCAUUCUUUGUCAUUAGAACACUUUUGCCCUCCCAGGUUGCCAUUUAUUUCCUAUCUAUGGGGGUUACUUUGGUGUUUCUCACUGUUGUUGUAGCAUUGAAUUUUGAUGUUAUAAUUUUACCUCUGUGUAAUAAAGUUUUUACCAGAGCUA